GACCCGUCUGGUGCAGGCAAUCCGGUGCCGCCCCAAGCGCCCGGUGUGCAGUGGAACAGCGUCCUGCAUCCUUCCAUCAACCAGUCAGGCUUUGUGCAAGACCCAGGUAUGUGAGUUGGGUUUGGAGCUCAUGGUACAAAUCUGUUUGUGCAGCUGGGUGCGUAAGUGAGAAGUGCCCGGCCUGAUGACGUGCAUUCUGUGCUGAGAUAGCACCUGGAGGCUGUGCCAGCGCUGUUUGCUGCAAGCGUUCCGGCGCCUGGCACCACGUUUGACUGUUGCCAGUCCUUCGGCCUCUGAGUGUUCGAUGCAGGCCAGUAGUUGGGCUUGUAAGAUGUUUCCUCUGGCUUUGGCAAGACUUUCCUAUGACUGCUGGUUUUCCAAGCUCCGCGACCUUAAGCUUCCCAACGAGGGGUGGCUGUGACGCUGUUGGGUCUCAUUUCCCUGUGUGACGGUAAGGGAAAAUGAGCCCAGAGUUUCAGCCUUGGUGGCUGAAGGUAUGUUCCUUGGGUGAAAGAGGAAAUGGAACCUGUUACCUUAGUGGGUAAUGCUGGCACCCUACAGCAACAACUGCUAAAUGUGGCUGGGAUGGUGCUGGCAGGGUUCUGUCAGUGGGCCCUGCGGGCCGUUGUUACUAAAGACACGCGUGUCCAGCGGCACCUCUGGGUCCUUCACUCACUGCCUGCUCCUCUCCCUGGGUGACCAGGUUACUUGCAGAGGAAUGCUCAGAUGCCGCAGCACAGCUCUUCCCAGUCCGGCUCAGCCUUAUUUCUCCAUCUCCCUUCUGGAGGACAGAUGCACGCUGCAGUGGGGCCAUAUCAGCAGAACUGCACGGGAAGCCACAGACCCCAGGCCGGGCAGCACAGCCCUCAAGGAGCUUAUCCCGUGUGGCCCAACUGCAGCGCUCUGCCCGGUGCCAACUUCUGCAGCGCAGGACUGGGAGGAAGCAUGAACCCGGCGGCAGCAGGGAGCCAGUUGCGUGGCAGCGUUCCUCCUCAGCUGGGGGCAGGGAUGCGCCCCCCAGCAGGUGGCAUGGCUCACAGAGCACAAGGAGCAGCCGCCGUGUGUGCUGCUGCCAGCGCCAUCCAGAACUGGCCACCCGGUUAUCCCAGUGUGAACCAAGGGGGAAUGCUGGGCACUGGACCUCCUUACGGACAGGGAACUAACAGCAUGGCUGGUGUGAUCAACCGCCAGGGCCCACCUUGUGCCAUGGGUGGGAACAUGGCUAACGGCUCUGCAGGGGUGGCAGCAAGUCCUGAAGUGAUGGGUCUGGCGAAUGUCAAAUUAACUCCUGCAAGUAAAAGAAGAAAGAGGGGAGAAGAGACCCAAAAAGCAGAACUCCAGUCAAAGGUAAAACUUCUGUUUGUUUGUUCGUUUGUAAAUGACACAGUGUAUGUAUCUAGUAGUGAGUGCAGCGCCCGAGAGAAACCCAAUGUGACUUGCCCUCUGCUGUGAGCAGAGCUGCCAUUAGCGUGGCUGUUUGUGCAGGAUGUGAUCUUGCUGCUCCGUGUGAGCACAGUGUUAGGUCAGCAGCGCGGCCAGUGAGUGGGAUAUCGUCUGUUGGGAUGUUUGCUCUUUUGGAGAGUGGCAUAUGCUGGCAUCUCCUGCCAGGUGUGAG